AGGGUGGAUAUGUUUUUUUACCCUACAUACUGUACAGAAUAGUUGGAGGUUGCAACUGUAUAAAAAGAUUGACUGAGCUGUUUCAUAUUCAGAUUAUUUAAUUUUUUUAAGCUACAGAAAUGUCUUGCUCAGGAAGUGCAAUGAGGAGAAUGAAGUUAUUACCUGUAUUCAAAUGUAAAUAUUUUCUUCAUUUCUGGUUCAGGGAAUUUUUUUGGUCCCCUCAGAAUGAAGCGUUUCUUCCGUUUGAUGCCGGUGAUGGCCCUGUGUGCUUUUUCCUAUUUUCUCAACACUCCACUUAUGCAGCAGUAUGUUUACCGGAGGCUCUGGCUGCAGAUGACAAACACUUCCUAUCCCAUCUCUGACACAUCCAGCUGUACAGCAAACAGCAGCAGCAACAACUCAAACAAUUCUGAGGAGGUCCAGAGACAGGCAUCCCUAUUCUCCCUCUACACAGACGUCCUCUCCACAGUCCCCUCUUUGGUGGUCAUUCUAAUGCUGGUGGCCUAUAGCGACCGAGCAGGACGCAAGAUCACUAUCAUCAUGCCUUUGAUUGGCAUGUUGAUCAAUACCGUGGCCUACCUGACUGUGUCCUAUUUUGAGCUCAGCAUUUACUUACUCAUUGGCUCCUCAAUUCUCAGUGCUCUGUGUGGUGGUUUGGGCACAUUUCUGGGUGGCUGUUUUGCCUAUAUAGCAGACUUGUGCAAGACCUGUCGUCAGAAGACGUUGCGCAUGGCUGGAGUGGACAUGAUGGUCGGCCUGUUGGCUGGGGGAGCUUCAGUAUCAACAGGUUACUUUCUGAAAACUGCAGGAUUCAACUGGCCUUUCCUAACCUCUUCAUUGAUACUGUGUUUGAGCCUACUCUAUGCAAUCUUUGUCCUUGAGGAAACUAUGAAGGCUCCAACUGAUGCUGCUAUUAUAGAUUUGUCACCUCAGCGCUCAUCCAUAAAACAGAUGGUCUGUGGGGUCUACCAGAUGCUUGCAGGAGCCAGUCGCAGUUGUAAAAUUGCUUUGGCCCUCCUCAUUAUUAUCUUUACCAGCUUUUCCUUUGCGUAUAUAGGAGGGCUCUCCAUGAUAACGCUGUACGAGCUAAAUGAGCCACUGUGCUGGACUGAGAUUUUGAUUGGCUACGCCUCAGCACUGUCCUCCACUGUGUUCCUGACCAGCUUUGUGGGAGUGUCUGUGUUUACAUACUGUGGUGUGCCCCAGCUGUUGAUUGUCCUGUUGGGGAUCCUGUCUCUGGCAUCAGGCAUGGUUACAGCAGCAUUUGCUAAGACCACUUCAUUGAUGUUUAUAGCAAUUGCAUCAAUGCUUCUGUCUAAAAUGCCAUUCCCUGUUCUGCGCACCAUGAUGUCAGAGAUCAUCUCCAAGUAUGAGCAGGGAGCCCUGUUUGCCUUUAUCUACUUUCUGGAGGUUUUAACCAACACUGUAUCGACUGGCGUGUUUAACAGUAUUUAUGCUGGUACGGUUGCAUGGUGCCCUGGCUUUGUCUUCCUGUUGUCUGCAGGACUCUGUGUGAUUCCUUUGUCUGUCAUCGGGGUGGUGGUUCUGAUGGGGGUAGACUUUACCAAAGAUGCCCAAGUGACAACGCCUUUCAUCUUAGAGGAGGAGAAUCCCGAUGAAGGUCCUAGUCAAAACAGCCCUUAGAAGAGAUACAUUUAUUCCAAGAUGUUUUUCUUUUUUCUUUUCAUCUUUCCGGCUUCACAUGUUCCUAAUGCAGACUGCAGUUGAGUGAUGUCUAAUCUAACAUUUCAAUUAAAAUGAGGUUGCGUUUAUAUUAAACAUUAUUUAUAACCCCCCAAAACAUUUGAAAUUGAAUUUGAAUAUAAAUAAAAAUAAAAUCAAAAUUUCAUACAUGUUAAA